GGAAGUAUGGGGGCUAAAAAGGCAUAUAAUGGAUUUUUGGGACUGAUGAACGGAAAUGUGGGUCUUUGACGGACUGAACCCGUUCAUCCUGAUCCAAACCCGUUAACCCAUUUCUAUCGCGACUGUAACCCAACCCCAGCCCAUCUCCAUCGUUCUCUUUGUCGAUCGCCGAUCCCCGGGCUCUCUCUCAAACCUUCCAUCUUUAACCCUUGCGCCGCCCCGAUCGCCGCCUGACUUCGUUGUUGAUGCCUUCAGUUCCAUCUCCUCCGGCGAUUCCACGUCAUUAUUCUAUCCGGCGACGUCAAGAGGUAAUUUUUAUUCUUCAUUUUCGCCCUAAUUUCUGCCCGUAUUUUUUGUUUUUAUGAUAUAAGAUAUUUUCUCCUGAUUACCAUCUUCUCUUCUUUGCCACACACUGGUAUAUAAUUUUUCUAAAAUUUUACGCAUUUUUACGAUUUUACUCAUUUCAUAGAUGCUACAAGUUUCAAAAUUCCUUGGUUAUUGUGAUUAAUUUAAUAGUUGCAUAGUGGAUAACGACGGUUCAGAAAUCAUUAGUACCGCAUUGUAGCUAAUUUGUUGCUAUACAAAAAUGCCACUAUUCGAGCACAUAUAUUACUUAUAGAAAUUUGAGUUAGGAUCUCAAAAACAUGAUCCCAUCCUGUGCGAGUUUUGGUGGAAGAUGCCGCGCCAAUCCACAAUGAAAUUUUCCUGCAGUGGAUACAUCUCGAAUUCUGAAUACCCAUCUCAGUCGUUCUCUUAGAUCUUGAUACUUGUUCUUAUUCCAGUGCGCUCCUACGGCAUCAUUGAUUUCUAGGGAAAGUGGAAACUGUGAUGCUGUAGUUUGACCACAGAGGCUUGAUUAUAUGCCAUUUAGUUACAAGUUUACUUUGUACCUGGACUACAAGUUUCGUAGUUAACACUUUGUAAGCAAUCCCAGUUUGAGGGAAAACGCUUUGAUUUCAAUUAUCUAGACUACCAUGUGACCCUUUUCAGUGUACCUGUGUUAUUAUACAAACUAGCCUUUGUCAUUGAGUUGUUCCCGGACUGCUUCUUUACCCGCGUUACCUCCUCAUCUACAGUGUUUGAAAUGUGAUUACUGCAAGGCGGAGAAGGGAUUUACUUUGUUCUUUGGGUUCAAUAUGUGGAAUCUGUUCUUGAUUUGCUAAGUCGUAUAUAAUUUCUGUCCCUAUGCAUUUGUUUGUCUACAUGCUCUCUCAGCUUUACUCUUUAUAUUCCCUGGCUGGCCCAAGAGUUUUAUGUUAAUUUUUGUGGGACGGACUUGAGUAUGUUGCUGGCCAUGGGAAGCAAAGGUCGUGUACUGCCACCAUCUCAUCUACGGCAUCCUCUUCCAGGCCCUGCAAUGUUGUAUCCAGACCCAUUUGGACCAGGCAUCGUCCUGCCCCUGGUUCCUUUCCUCUUGAUAUGUUGCCUCAUGCAGCAAUUAUGGAGCAGAAACUUGCUGCCCAAGACAUGGAGAUGCAAAGAAUUUUGAAAGAGAAUCAACGGCUUGCAGCUAUCCUUUCAGUCUUGAGACGAGAACUAGCUGGAAACCAGCGGGAACUGCAGAGGAUGGAUGCCCACAUGGGUGCAAUGAAAGAUGAACAGGAUAAGCAUAUGAGGGGUCUACUUGAUAAGAUUGCUAAGAUGGAAGCUGACUUGAAGGCUUCUGAGACAGUAAAGGUGGAGUUGCAACAGGCCCAUGCGGAAGCGCAUAGCUUAAUGGUAGUUAGACAAGAUCUUAUGGCUAAUGCACAGAAACUUAACCAGGAUAUACAGAAGAGCCAUGCUGGUGUCCAAGAAGUCCCUGCUCUGAUGUCUGAACUAAACAAUAUAAAUCAAGAAUACCAUCAUUGCAGAGCUAUCUAUGAUUAUGAGAAAAAAUUGCACAGUGAUUAUUAUGAGCACUUCAGGUUAUGGAGAAGAACUAUAACUUGAUGAUGAGAGAAAUCGGGAAGCUACGAGCCGAGUUAACUAAUGCAGAUAACCUUGAUAGAAGUGGUGGAUCGUACAGUAAUACUGGCGGAUACGAGGAGAACGAUAAAGCUGGGAAACACUCUGUUGGACAAAAUGCUUAUGAAGGUGCUUAUGGAGUUCCACAGGGAUGUGCACUGUCUGGUGGUGGUUCAGCUGGAAAUGCCCCUACUCGUCCUGGAUAUGAUGCACCUGCUAGGGAAGGUCCUGCUAAUUAUGCUUAAUACUAGCCAUGAUGCUGCCAGAGUGGCUGCAGGCCAUGAUAACUCAAAGGGUGCUCCUCAAGGAGGUCCUGGAGAUGCUGCUGCUAAUAUAGCAGCUCUGGGAGCUCAAGUACCUGCGGAAACGUUGCCGGAGCGUUGACACAGACUGCUUCACCCUAUGGGUCGGCUCAGGCAACAUCACCCUAUGGAUAUGGAUUGAAUCCGUAUGGAUCAGUUCAGGCACCUUAUGGACCGAAUCUUUAUGGAUCGGUUUAGGCACCAAAUCAUUAUGGAUCUACUCAGGCACCAAACACUUAUGGGUCGACUCAGGCACUCAACCCUUAUGGCUUGACUCAGGCACCAAACCCUUAUGGCUCGACUCAGGCACCAAAAUCUUAUGGAUCAACUCAGGCACCAAGCUCUCAUGGAUCAACUUAGGCACCAAACCCUCACGACUUGACUCAGGCUCCAAACCCUUAUGGAUUGACUUAGGCACCAAACCCUUAUAGAUCUACCCAGGCUCCAAACCAUUAUGGAUUGACUUAGGCACCAAACCCUUAUAGAUCUACCCAGGCUCCAAACCAUUAUGGAUUGACUUAGGCACCACGUGUAACUGGAACCGGUUAUCAUGCUGUCCCUCGUAGAUGGCGGUGAUGGUAAUGCAUGCAGAUAAAUUGGCGUUUAAACCCUUGACAGGAAGCAGUUUCCAGAACUCGCAUGAGCCCAGAUGUCGAUCUUUCACUCUUCAACACCUAUUUUUUCUGUGGUGAUAGCAAAUCCUGGGUUGGUCGGUAAUUGUUAUUUCCACAGUUCUAGUGGUUUAGCGGACAGGAGUGUACAUUGAAGGUUUAUUGAAAUGCUACUUUCUUACAUUGAAGGUUUAUUGAAAUGCUACUUUAUUAUAGAGGUGCGUGUCCUUUUGUUAAUUUGCUGUGUAGAUUUUGGAUGAUUCUAUACUGAGUUCCUCUUUCUCCUUGUACUUGUAAGUCUUUCCAUAAUAAAAGUUUUAGUUGCUAA